GGAGUUCUCUGCAGCUCUGAUUAAUUACAUCUUUAAAGGUGAUCAGCACCAGAAUGGCGGAGACCAGCGGCCCUCAGUCCUCCCAUAUUUCCUCUUCUUCAGCCGGGGACAAGGGCAGCGGCUGUGCAGUGCAGGACUUGUUGUACUGGCGGGAUGUCAAACAGUCUGGAAUGGUUUUUGGAGGGACGAUGGUGCUGCUUCUUUCCCUGGCGGCGUUCAGCAUUAUUAGCGUCAUUUCUUAUCUUGUCCUGUCCCUACUCUCAGUCACCAUAAGCUUCCGCGUCUACAAGUCUGUCCUACAAGCUGUCCAGAAGACCGAGGAGGGACAUCCCUUCAAGCCUCUGCUGGAGAAAGACAUGGCCCUGUCGUCGGACUCCUUCCAGAAGGGAUUGAGCUCAUCCCUGGCUCAUGUCAAUCAUGCUCUGAAGUCUAUUGUCCGUCUCUUCCUUGUGGAGGAUCUUGUGGAUUCGCUCAAGCUUGCCCUUCUUAUGUGGCUGAUGACUUACAUAGGAGCUGUAUUUAAUGGCAUCACACUUCUCAUUCUUGGUGUCCUGCUGGCUUUCACUACACCCCUAGUGUAUGAGAAAUACAAGGUACAAAUUGAUCAUUACGUCUCGCUGGUCCAUAGCCAAGUGAAGUCCAUAACAGAGAAGAUUCAAGCCAAGCUCCCAGGAGCCCUGAAGAAGAAGUCUGAGUGAAGGAGCAGAGUGUGGAGGGAGAGGGGAAGGGUGGUUGUAAGGGAGUGAGCACUGGCUAUGUCAUAUCUCUUUACUUACUGUUCAAUUGGCUUCAUUUGUGUGACUAUAAGGUCCUGUUGAAACACAUUUAAUAUACAAGUGGUGUGUCUCUGGCAGGGUGAGGUUCUGUUUAUACAGGAUCUUAAAUUUCUGUAAACACUGGAGAGCUGAGUAGAAACCCAGCAGUAGCACCUACUACUACUACACCUGUCACCCCUUCCAUAAGCAGCUGCUCCCUUAUUUCAUUGGCUCGUCUCUGAUCUGCACGUGCCUCAAGGCUUCUGCAGUCAUACCUUGCCCUUUACUGUCUUACUUAUACUUUUUAAAAACUUUUUCCCCAGACUUCUUGUCCCCAUUUUUGUAUAUUUUCUCUUGUCCCUGCCUCUGCAGCUUGUAAACUUAUGGAAUGAGAUUUCCUAAUCCAGCACCCACCCAACGAAUGCCAGUCACUGCCACAUCAUUAGCAAAAACAAAACCUCCUUUGCAUUUUAUUUUGCUAUUUAAUUUAUAUUUAAUUUGUGUUGUUUGUUUGGAAAUGCUUUGAGUGGCAUGCCAAGUACUACUGAUGGUUUUAGGGACACAAAGUUGCACUCUCUCUCCGUGUGCCUCACGUUCUGUCUCCUCUACUUGCACCAUGAAGAGUCUACACAAGAGUCCCCAAAAUUCUGUCUCCUCUUCUUGCACCAUAAAGAGUCUACACAAGAGUCCCCAAAAAUUCUGUCUCCUCUACUUGCACCAUGAAGAGUCUACGAACAAGAGUCCCCAAAAAUUCAUCUCCUCCACUUGCACCAUAAAGAGUCUACACAAGAGUCCCCAAAACUUCUGUCUCCUCUACUUGCACCAUGAAGAGUCUACACAAGAGUCCCCAAAAAUUCUGUCUCCUCUACUUGCACCAUGAAGAGUCUACACAAGAGUCCCCAAAAUUCGGUCUCCUCUACUUGCACCAUGAAGAGUCUACACAAGAGUCCCCAAAAAUUCUGUCUCCUCUACUUGCACCAUGAAGAGUCUACACAAGAGUCCCCAAAAUUCUGUCUCCUCUUCUUGCACCAUAAAGAGUCUACACAAGAGUCCCCAAAACUUCUGUCUCCUCUACUUGCACCAUGAAGAGUCUACACAAGAGUCCCCAAAAUUCGGUCUCCUCUACUUGCACCAUGAAGAGUCUACACAAGAGUCCCCAAAACUUCUGUCUCCUCCACUUGCACCAUAAAGAGUCUACACAAGAGUCCCCAAAACUUCUGUCUCCUCUACUUGCACCAUGAAGAGUCUACACAAGGGUCCCCAAAACUUCUGUCUCCUCUACUUGCACCAUGAAGAGUCUACACAAGGGUCCCCAAAAAUUCUGUCUCCUCUACUUGCACCGUGGAACGUGGGAAUUCCUAUCAUUACAUGUAAUCUACACAAGAGUCCCCAAAAAAAGUGAAUACACAUAUUAACUCUCAAUGUUUUUAUGUAGUAUCAUUAUGUAGGCCCCGAGUGCAAGUGCGUAUGAAACGUGUUCAUUAGGUAUGAAUGUUCCCAAAGCUUUAAAUCAUUAAGGGGCAGAUCUAUCAAGGGUCGAAGAGAAAAUCAAAGUAAAAAAAAAAAAAUUUGAAUUUCGAGCUAUUUUUGUGUACUUCCACUAUCGAAUAGGCCAAAAUUUGAAUAUUGAAAUUUAUCAUGUACGGUCUCUUUAAAACUUCCUAGAACCUAUGUGGAGUCCUUUGGUGGACUUUGAAAAAUCCAAAGUUUUUUGGGGCAAAUACUUUGAUUCAAAUUCUAUCGAAUGAGCUAAAACUUUGAUUUGAGCCUUUAUACCCGAAGUUAAAAACUUCGAUUUUUUUUUUAGAUAAAUUCCGAUUGGUCAUUUUUAUAUUCGAAUUUAUGGGAGUUAAAUCUGCCCCUAGGUGUUAUGUUGGUGUUUGGGACAGUAGUGAGGGUUUGGUCUCCUCUGUAAAGAAGUAAGUCUGUUACUCGCAUAGAAGGAUCUAGUUAAUGUUUUUGAGGUUCCUGGAAGCUGCAGUUUUGUCUUUUUAUGUUGAACUGUCGCAGUUAAGGGCGGUGGCACACGUAGCGUUUUGGGGAGAUUAGUCGCCCAGCAACAAAUCGGCUCUUUUUCGAAAUGCCUUCCCUCUGGCUAGAAUGUAAAUCACCGGCGGGAAGGCGUUUAGGGGAGAUUAGUCGCCCGAAGAAGAGGCGACUAAUGUUCCCAGUAGCCUCGUCAGCCACCACCCUAACUGGGUACCCCCAUACACUGUUAUGUAUUAAUGGAAAGAAUAACCAACACAAUGGCUGAAAUGAUAAUAAAAAGAGAGGUUGUAGAUUUAAGUUAAAGGACCAGUAACACCAAAAACUGAAAGUGUUUUAAAGUAAUGAAAAUAUCAUGUAGUGUUGCCCUGCACUGGUAAAACUGAUGUUUGCUUCAGAAACACUACUAUAGUUCAUAUCAACAAGCUGCUGAGUAGCAAUGGCGGAAAUUGAAAAACGGCUAUAUGGUACAGGAUAAAUAAUGGAUAACAGAUAACUCCAUUAUGUUCUACAGAGCUUAUCUGCUGUGUAACUUGAGCCUUUUCUCCUUUGAAUGGCUGCCCCCAUGGCUACACAGCAGCUUGUUUAUAUAAACUAUAGUAGUACUUAUCUGUUAUCUACUGUGUAUCCUGUGCUUGAAUGGCUGCCCCCAUGGCUACACAGCAGCUUGUUUAUAUAAACUAUAGUAGUGUUUCUGAAGCAAACACAGCAGUUUUACUAGUGCAGGGCAUUACUACAUUAUAUUUUUAUUACUUUAAAACAAUUUCAUUUUUUGAUGUUACUGGUUCUUUAAGAAAUACUUCUCCUGCCUGGGGAGCAGGCUUUCUUUUGUUUAAUGUGACGUGUUGCACUGAGCUUCUAACUAUUCACUAUGUAUCAAUGCUGUUAACGUUUAAAUGCAAUAUUGUUCUUUUUACUUACAACAGGGACAUGGACACUAAUAAUGCCCUCAAACCAACUUGUUCACAGGUGUUGCAAGUAUAAAAGCAUCUUUGUUUUUUCUUUUUAGUUUCUGCAAGUGCGUGGAACAAAAUUCUAUAUAUAUUGCAAAAUACAUGUGGUAUUAAUAAAAAGGAAUAGGAACACUCGG